AUGAGUAAAGAUGUCAUACCAAUAUCUAUCUAUCUAUCUAUCUAUCUAUCUAUUGAUCAAUUACCUUUCAUAUUUUUCAAUUCUUUUCUUCUUUUGUUAAUAUCUAUCUAUUUAUCUAUCUAUCUAUCUAUCUAUCUGCCAUUCCUUUCUCACAUCCUUCCCCCUUCCUUACUUCCUUCCAUCCUUCCUUCCAUCCUAUCUAUCUAUCUAUCUAUCUAUCUAUCUAUCUAUCUAUCUAUCUGUUCCUUCCUCUUUUUCUUCCUUUCUAUCUAUCAAUAUAUCUAUAUAUGUCAAUUACCAUCCAAAUCUGUUAAUUCCUAUCAUUCUUUGUUAUCUUUCAACUUCUUUCUUCUUUUGUUAAUAUCUAUCUAUCUAUCUAUCUAUCUAUCUAUCUAUCUAUCUAUCUAUCUAUCAGUUCUUACCGCUCUUCAUUUCUUCCUUUCUUUCUUCCUUCCCUCCUAUCUAUCUAUCUAUCUAUCUAUCUAUCUAUUAAUUACAUUUCACAUCUUUAAACUUUUUUCUUUUGUUAAUAUCUAUCUAUCUAUCUAUCUAUCUAUGAAUUAA